UGGAGUGUGGUAAGCAGUGCUGACACAUGAAGUUUGAUUCGUUCUUGUUGGUGCACAACAAAUACUAUUUAAUGAAAGGUACUGCUAAAAGUAGCUGUCGCUCUACCUUAAAUGGAAGCAGAAAACUGAGAGAGAAGCGUUUACAAAGGAACACAAUACCCAUUAGUAUAAUCUAGUGGUGAGAAAACUGUUUCAUCAGCUAUUGGACUUUUCCUUAAUAAAAUAGUUUAUAUAGUUUGGAUGAAAAAUAAGUUUGUUUUUUAUAAUGGAUUUUACAAUAGUACCAUUUAAUCGGAAAUCAGGAAAAUUAUUACUUUCAGAAAAGUAUUUUUGUGUGCUACAACUGUUGCCUAGUGUAUUAUAGUUCUUUUUUUUAACUUUGUUUUAAGUGAUAACCUACUCACUAAUACGGAGUACCAACAAAAAUUCAUUCAGAAAGAAUACGUCUUCCUUAUUUUUGAAGCCACAUCCUUUUGCGCAUGCGCUUUGCGUUUCCAAAGCUUUUGCCUGAGAACGAAAAAAAAAAAAAAAUAAUUUAAACUUUUAUAGUUUGUCGUAAAACCACCAAUAGAAAAAGUGUUUGAUUCAUAAAACUUUAACACUGCAUUAAAAAAAGAUAAAACAGGUAGUUACUGCUGUCCAAAAUACAGGAGGCGUUGUUAACGCCGCCAUGUUCCCACAAUGCAUUUGGUUCUACAACGCAAAACCUUUUUUGUUUGAUAAUAUUUAGUUUGCUAUAUCUGAUUUUUUAAAACAUGCAUGUAUUUUCCAAUCAUGAUGCUUUUAGUCAAUUCUGUAAUAUUAAUGUUUUGUUUUUUUCGUUGAACCGUUAGUCUGAUGUGUAUCGCGGAGAAUAGGUUUGGUAGCACGGACGUCUACCCGGAAGUACCCUUGUUUCUCUUCAGAUCGUGUAAAUCUUUCGCCUUUAACUAAAUUUCCGUGGAGAGGAAUUUCAAGAGUGUUACACAAUUUAUUGAUGUCUUGCCUCACGGCGAGGUUACCUACAUGUGUCAAAAUCUAAAAGAAGACUAAAACUGUUGAAUGUCAGGAAUUCCAGCUGCAAGCUUCAUGUACUACUCAACAUCGUAGUAUAUAUAGGCCUUAAUAUAUGUAGUUAUGACAUCUGUCCAUAGGAAUAGUAUUGCGAAAACAGUUUAGAUGUUCUAAUCAUGUAAUUGCAGCUGACUGGUAUCUCUCAUAGUAAAAUGAAACAAAUGCGCCCCGAAACCCCGGAGUACAAUUGUUCUUAAAUUCUUCUUCAUGAUUAUGAUCCAGUGAAGUGAAGCCAGGAACUCUGUUUGUCCUGGCGGGUCCACGUCCACUUUCAGAGGGUUUCUAUUGCCGUGAUAAAGUGAACUGGAAAGAGAAUUAGUAUAAAAUAAUAGUUCCCAAAAUGUUCAUCUGCCUCAAUUUUGAAGCCCGGUCCUUUUUGCGCAUGCGCUUUGCGUUCCAAAAGCUUUUGUCUGAGAAUGCAACAAAAACUAAUCAUUUGAACUUUUAUAGUUUGUCUUAAAACCACCAAGAAGGGGUUUUUGAUUCAUAAAAAUUUAAGAUUUUAUUAAGAAAAUUACAAAAUAAGUAGUUACUACUGUUCAAAAUUUAGGAGGCGUGGUCAACGCCGCCAUGUUCCCACAAUGCAUUUGGUUCCACAGUGCAAAACCUUUUUUGUUGAAUAAUAUUUAGUUUGCUAUAUCUCUGGUUUUCUUUCCAGUAAAAAAAAAAAAAAACAUACAAAUAUUUACCUAUCGUGAUACUUUUAGUCAAUUCUGCAUUAUUAAUGGGUUUUUUUUCUUUGAACCGUUAGUCUGAUGUGUAUCGCGGAGAAUAGGGUCGGUAGCACGGACGUCUGUUUGUCAGCACUCUUGUUUCUCUUCAGAUCGUAUAAAUCUUUCGCCUUUUACUAAAGAUUUCCGUGGAGAGGAACAACAAGAGAUUUACUCAAUUUUUUGAUGCCUUGCUUCACAGCGAGGCUUCCCAUUCCUGUCAAAGAAAAACUAAUAGAACUUUGGUGUUGUGAUUACUUAAAAUUUAACAAAUAUAUAAAAAUCUGAAUUAAAGGACCUUUUAUUUACCGUUAAUUAAUUAAUCGAAUGCUUUUAUCGUGGUGACUGAGGACUGACAUAAUGAAACAAGACACAUGAACGAAGAAAACGUUUGAGAAUUGUUCUUAAAUGCUUCUUCAUGACUAUGAUCCAGUGAAGUGAAACCAGGAACUCUGUUUGUCCUGUCGGGUCCACAUCCACUUUCAGAGGGUUUCUAUUGCCGUGAUAAAGUGAACUGGAAACAGCAUAAAAUAAUAGUUUCCAAAAUGUCCACCUUAUUUAAAAAAAAACCUUUUUAUUUUGUAAUUAUUUUUAACAUUUUGAUGACAAUGAUCCUGACAGGCGAGGUGUGACAUUAUGAAAACAACCUGCUGUGUGUACAUCCCUCAUCAGUCAGUUUCCCGUUGCAGAGCAGAAUGUGAAAUAGCGUUACUCAUCACUUUAGAAGCUCAUUCUGAAGUCAGUGGCCUCUCUGGUUUCAGGCUUUCGCUCCAGGUGGAAGGACACUUCAGCCGUCGACCUGCCAUGGUGCUUUCUCUCCUCCUCGUCUUCCUCAUCUCUUCAUCCCUCUGCGCCUCGCUGCCUCCUCCUGCAGCAGGUCCGGUGCUGCGGGGGCGGGCUUUCGUUGUGGUGUGGAACAUGCCCACCGCGAAGUGUCAGAAACGCUACGAUGUCCAGCUGGACCUGGAAGACUUUGGCAUUGUGGAGAACCCCAAGCAGCACUUCCAGGGAGAGAAAAUGACCAUCUUCUACCGUGACCGCCUGGGGAAAUAUCCAUACCUGUCACACGACGGCCGUGAGGUGAACGGAGGAAUCCCUCAGCUCGGUGACCUCUCUGCUCACCUUUCCCUCACAGGGUCGCAGCUGUCCCGCCUGCUGCGCCCCAGCUUCUCUGGCGUGGCGGUCAUCGACUGGGAGGAAUGGCAGCCACUGUGGGAGAACAACUUUGACACCAAGAUGAAAUACCGAAUGCUGUCCAAGCUGCUGGUGAGGCAAGAGAGGCCUGAACUGUCGGAGACGGAGGUGACGCUGUUGGCCAAACAGGCGUUUGAAAAAAGCGCUCGGAUGUUCAUGGAAGAGACUCUGCGAGAGGCACUCAGACACCGCCCCGGAGGAUUGUGGGGGUUUUAUGGAUUUCCCUAUUGCUUUAAUAAACACAAAAGAAAUGCAGAUGAAUCCUACACGGGACGGUGCCACAGUGGGACCAGGCGGCACAAUGACCAGCUGUCCUGGCUCUGGACUCAGUCCACGGCUCUGUUCCCGAGCAUCUACCUGCCGCAGAGGCUGGCGGGCUCUGCAGAUGCAGCGCUGAUGGUCAGACACAGACUGCUGGAAGCUUUGAGGGUAGCAUCACUUUGGCGUCAUAGCAACGGUACCGGACAUGCCACACCCGUUCUACCCUACGCCAGGCUGGCGUUCACACACUCACUCAACUUUCUCAAUAAGACAGACCUGGAGCACACGCUCGGGGAGAGUGCAGCACUCGGAGCGGCUGGAGUUGUUUUGUGGGGUGACUUGAAAUUUGCCAAAUCCGAGCAACAGUGCCUCAUCCUUAAAGACUACGUCCACAACGUGUUGGGUCCCUUUGUUCGGUCUCUGAGGUCUGACACCCAGAGCUGCAGCAUCCAGCGUUGCCACAGCAACGGACGCUGCAUCAGAAAGCACGCCGCCUGCGGCCACAGCCUGUCUCCGGCCGCUGACGGCUCCUCUGGCUCUGACAGCAGCAAAUAUUUUCACAGACACUUCAUGUGUCAGUGCUACGCAGGCUUUACUGGAAAGGACUGUGAUGAAGAGGAAGAGGAAAGCAGAGAGGAGGACGAUUAACCCCACCUCCAGGUUGAGGCUGAAGCUGCUGCAGCUUCUAGCCGUCAUUUUAAAGUGAGCUAAAACAACAUUGUGUAGAUGUGUAUCUUUAUCCAUGAUAACGCAAGUCUGGUCUAUAAUUUAUUGGUUUAAUUUAUUGCCGAAGUGUCUUUAGGUGGAAUUUAUUCCAAUUAAAUAGUCAGAAACCCUCAGAUCCUCCUCCUCCCUUCAUCUGGACGUCCCCACCGCUCACCCCGUCACUAUGGGGAGCAGAGCUUUCAGCUGCUCUGUCCCCCGGCUCAGAAACUCAAUACCUACUGAUCCCAGAAACAUUGGCUCUCUCUCACAAUUCACCAA